AUUCACCAUGUUCCUCCGUUGAGUCGCCUCGGGGCUGCAAAAAUCUCUUGGCGUCGCCGUCCGGUUUUCACCCUUUCGAUUCGCAUCCUAUCUCUCCCUAUAUUUCCACCGUCAUGGCUCCUCCAAUGGAUGCCCUCGCCAUCUCCGCAGCGGUCUUUCAGAAGGACGCUACCGCACACUCGACAGAGGUCUUGGAGGCAUGGCACGAGCUGAAGACCAUCGUAGAGAGACAUGAGGGCUUGAUUCGCAAACGGUGGCAAAAGAAGAACUCCCAAAAGCAGCGGGAGAUUCUCCUUGCGGUGAUGCCUGAUAUGCCCCCCAACCGCCGGCCAGAUUUUGCAGCUUUGCGUAAAGAUGCUGAGCGUCUUAUGCACGGCCACCUACCGGAAGCCAAUCGGUCCAAAAAUGAAUAUUUCUGGCCGUCAAUCAACCUCGCGGAUCUACUAGAAGGAAACACGCUGCCUCUGUAUAUCAAUUCCCGAGGACGCCAUGAGCCAAGUCUAUUUUCCGUUUUGGACUACGAGGCUUCACGAGUGGGACGCCGCAGCUCCGCCAUUCCGGUUCCGACUCUUGAGGAAUACAUUAUGCUCCUUGACGGACGGACUGUUGACACGUAUGGGAGGGUAGUAGCUCUCAAAGAUGCCUCGACAAUUCCCUCUACAGAGCGUGUGUUUACACCUGGGGCUGGUCUCAUAGUGCUACAAACCCAAAAAGGAAUAUACAGCUUCCUCAACAAAUGUUGUAAACGAAUCCUCCACGAUAUGGACCCUCUGGCUGGCGGCGAGGUUGUGGCCCCACCGCCGCUGGACCCAAGCAUCACUGGCCCUGGAGAUCUCCUCAGCUGGGGUGCCCUACGCAGGCAAGCACCGUUUGGGGUUCCCACCAAACCCGACUUGAAAAGACUAUCAAUUCUGAUUACUGCUAAGUAUGAGGCAAUUGAGGAUCAUAUUUGGGCUUUAAGAGAAGAUCCAAGCUAUCUGGAGGAGACCAUAACGGAUUGGACCGAGCAUCAAGUGGAGCAGGUUCUAGACCUGGAGGGGAAAUCCAUGCUGGACCCGUGCAAUCCUACCGACCGUCAAAUGUUGCGUAAAAAAGCGUGCGCGGAAAUCGUCCGCUGCGCGUACAUUGAUCUCGUCUCGUGGCAUGGCACUCUUCAGCUACUCACUGACUUGGCGGCGCUGAUGGGUCAACAAGAUAUGGUGAUUCGGGAACCCACGGCGUAUCUACAGAUGCUUCAAUUUUCACUCCGAGCAAUCAGUCAACGCAAAAUAAGAAUGCUGAAGAGCGGCGUCCCUGCUUCUCCGGAGCUUCGUCAUGGUUUUUGUCGUCAUCAAAUGAAGGAUAACCAAUGGCAUAUCGGCUGGAAAUAUCCCAAAGAACAGCUUUACGAUCAUUUGAUAUUCCUAUUCCGAAAUAUGUGGAACGACAAGGACAGUGAAGUCCUUGGAUUGUCGAACUUGAUAGACGAGCUGGAUCGACUGAUCGACACAGAUCCGAAACAAAAAAACCGGUUAUCUCGGUGGAGUUUGGAAGUCCUUUCUGAUCUCGGUCUCGCCGUACAGGUUGAGCACGAGCUCGACCACGACUUGCAUUUCAUGCAUGCUAUCCAUUCGGACCUUGGGCUUUCUCGACAAAAGACUAGGGAAGAAUUCCGAAGGCGAUUUCCAACGUUUGAAUUACUCGACAAGUUCGAAGAAGAUGCGGUUCCCCCCAUGCAGGACAACCCUCACUUUGACUAUCCAUCUGAUAGGCGUCGCACCGCACCGCGAGUCGAGAAGAUGCGCAAAGCAGAGCGGGAACUAGAUCUAUUUUGGCAGAGAAUCGACAAACAUUUCGCCGAUAAGGCCGGUAAAGUCCCUCAUGAAGCCUUUCGAGAGUGCUUUCGUGGACUUCGUUCGAUACAACGCACGCCGGAAUGGAUAGAGGUGUCAAAAGUUGAUAAGUCGAUGGAAAGCGGAGACAGCCAUUCGAUAUCGUCGGGACCAUCUCUGCCGUGGGACACGAAUGACCUCCGCCAGCAACUGCCAAAAGGGGAGCUUCCCAAGCAAUCGAAGAAAAAAGAGAAAACGCGAAAAGCCGCGUCGAACUCUGCGCAGCACCUCCCUGAAGUAGGCGAAGCUGAUCCUCGAGACUUGCCCGCCGUCGCCCGAAUAACGGUGAGCCCCAAGGCUUUCAAGAUUUUCUCCACUUUAUUCCCCUUACCAGGCCAAUCCGACAGUUCACACGAGUUUCGAUGGCAAAACUUUCGCCAGGCAAUGGGAGAGGCUGGGUUUCAAUCCGAAAAACUCUAUGGAUCGGUUUGGCUUUUUACGUCAACGAAGCCCAGCCUAGAGCGCCCUAUUAGUAUCCAUGAUCUCCAUAGCACAUCUAAAAUUCCGAUCAGAGUAGCUAGGUAUUGGGCUCGUCGACUUGGCCGAGUAUACGGAUGGCAUAAUGGGACGUUUCAAGUGAAAUAACUGACGUUACACACCGGCUUUGUGCCAUACUUGUGUAAAGAAAAUCUC